CUUCAAUAGACUGCAUUUCUUAUCGUUAUUUUGUCAAAAAAGAUGGAUGAUGAGUAAGUUCUUGCAGCGUUUUCCUUUAGCUUUUCAGAGCUUUAAAUACGUUCAGUGAUUGUUGCAUCCUACCAGCAAAGAGAAUACCUCAUGCCAAUACACGUACGGACUCCUUUGGAAACACCAUUGGCGUGGCAUCCUCAUGUUUCUAGUGCCCAUAGUAUUCUUGCCAAUAAUGGUACCAGCAUAUCAACCGCAUAACCGCACCAUUUAUGUCUUCGUGGUAAUGGCGGUCUUCUGGUUGGCCGAGGUAACGCCGCUGCAGGUGACUGGUUUGCUGCCGAUUGCAGUGAUGCCAUUUCUUGGUAUUUUGGAUACGGAUGAUGUGUGCAAGAGUUUCUUAACCAGCUCUUUGGCGAUUUUUAUAGGUUCCACUAUAGUCGCUCUUGCUGGAGAAUAUAGCAAUUUGCAUACGCGUUUAGCACUCGGUUUACUCACCACGAUUGGUUGCAGUCCCAAGCGUGUGCUCUUUAGCUUUAUCAUCACUACGGGUUUUUUGUCCAUGUGGAUGCAGAACACCAUUGUUGUAGCGCUAAUGUUGCCCAUAGUGAAGGCGGUGCUCAACGAGUUUGAAGUGGGUGGACUGAAAAUCCGAGAGGAGAAUAAGCCUGAUCAGGAGGAGGAAGACCGAGAGGCCUCUCCUAUUGCUAUUGGCUACUACUUGGGUGUGUGUUAUGCGGCAUCAAUAGGCGGCUGUGGCACACUCAUCGGCUCGGGAACACACUUGGCUGGCAAAGGAAUGUAUCAAAUCUUAUACCCGAACGCCACGGAUCAUAUUACUUUCCCCAGAUUCAUGGUCUACAAUCUACCUUGGGUUCUAGUAGCUUUAAUACUCUUGUAUCCAAUUCUUCUAAUUACAAAUCUUGGAUUGUUUAGCCCCAAAGGCGAGACUGGUGUUGCGCUAUUCAAUUUUGGUAUCAACUCUAAAGAUGUGGCAGCCUCAGUGAGGCAGAAAUUUGAGAAUAUUGGAACUAUAAACUUACAAGAAAUUCAAAUUCUUAUCUUAUAUUUGCUUAUGAUAUUCUUGCUUAUAUUUCAAUCGCCAGACAUUAUGCCAGGCUGGGCGGAUCUCAUACAAGAGAAAUAG